AUGCGGUUCCUGGACGGCGGAGCCUCCACCUCGGCGGACGGGUACUUUUGCGACCUCUGCGGGGGCUCCUCCGUGGACGGGCACCUCGGCGGCGGGCUGUCGCGCUGGAGGUGCGAGGCGUGCGACUACGACGUGUGCCUCCGGUGCCGUGCGGGCCCGAGAGGAGCCACGGCGGCGCUCGCAGGGCCCCCUCCCGCCGGCGCAGCAGAGGAGUUCCGGCGGAAGAGAGCCUCCGCCGCCCUGGUCCAGAACCUGCCGCCCCACCUUCACCGGGAGUCCCUCGUCAGGGAGUUGCAGCGCUUGGGCUUUCAGCCCGACGUCCACUGGCGGUCGCCGGAGGUCGCAGCGCACUUUGCGGCGGACUGGCUUCUCGAGCGCCGGUUUGGACAGAUGCCGUGGGUCUCAGCGCUCGAGGGCGCAGCCGAGCCGACGCCACUGUCGGAGUGCAUCCCGGGCUCCGUGUCGGUCGCAGAGGCUGACGCCGCCGCGGUGCAGGCUGGUUGCGUGGUCACGGUCGGGGAGCCGAUCUCGUACUGUUAUACGAGCGCCCCCGGCAGCAACUACGAGCUCAGAGAGGGCUUGCGCGGGAUCGUCAAGAGGAUAGACGGGUCAGGCGACGCCCUCGUCAGCUGGGAAGCGAUGGGAGACAAGUGGGUCCUGGCGACUAGCUUCCCCAAGCUGGUGGUAGAGAUCCCGCCGCAGUGCGACAGGUGCGAGUGCUUCAUGAGGCACUCGGAGCUCACGUCCGGGCGCAGGAGCCACUACGAGUGCGACGCGUGCCUCGCCGCCUCGUGGGAGGGCCACCUCGGGGGUACCACCCACCGCUGGCGGUGCCCGCAGUGCGACCGCAACGUGUGCUUCCGGUGCCACGGCGGCGCCAUGCGGCGCCAGGCGCAGGGUUACGUGACGUAUGGGGGCCCCGCGGCCAGGCCGCUGGCCACCGCGCGGCCGCCGGAGGCCGCGCCUGGCGACGGAACCCUCGCUGGCCCGCGCGGGGCCGCCGCGGCGCCCGGCGUGGAGCCCUGGGCGGCGCCGCUGGUCGCCGUGGAUCAAGGGCGGUUCGGGAGGGAGCCGAGAGCCGCCCAGGAGGCAGAGCCAGUCGGGCCGCCGACCGCCGUGGCGCAGCAGGAAGCGGCCCGCCAGGCCCAGCAGGGGGGCGCGGAGGCCGGGGAGGAGCCCAGGCCGCCGAGGCCGGCGAAGUCCCCGAAGGCCGUGGGCUUCCGUGGCGAGGAGGAGUCCGACGUGCUCCCCGCCGGCGGGGGGCCCGCCGAGGCGGAGGGGCGCAGCGGCGAGGAGCCGAAGAGCAGGCGGAAGGGCAAGGCGCGCAGGGCACCGGCGGGGCGCGGGGUGGGCGAGGCGGCGACCCCCGAGGCGCCGCACGCGGCCGCCGCCGGGGAGGCCCCGCAGGUCGAGCCGCAGGCCGCCGCCGCAGAGGCUGUCGCGCACGUGGAGCCGCGGGAGGUCCACGAGGAGCCUCGCGAGCUGUCUCCGGAGGAGGCGGCGGAGAUGGAGCGCGCGGCCCGGGAGAAGGCGGAGCUGAAGGCCCAGAAGAAGCAGGCCCUGAGGACGAAGAAGGACGAGGAGCGGAGGCAGAAGAGCCUGGCCGAGCGGCAGGCCCGGCAGCAGGCGGAGGAGGACGAGGCCAGGCGCAGGACCGCCGAGGAAGCGGAGCGCAAGGCGAGGGAAAAGUCGGAGCAGCAGACGAAGAAGGACGCCAAGCGCAGGGCCAAGGAGGCGGCCAAGGCGGAGGAGGAGAGGAAGUUCCAGGAGGCGCUGCAGGGGGCCAGCCUCCAGGAGCAGCAGCUGAGCGAGGAGCAGCCCCACCGGUGCGCCUUGUGCCGGCAGGACGUGCACAAGGUCGAGCCCGCCGCCACCCUCGGAGUGUGCAGGAAGCAUUACCGAGAGGUGCAAGCUAUAGAGUGGCGACUCACUGACGACGCCACCUACCUCCCGAAGCAUUGUUGUGCUGAUUCGGCCCCCUUCAGCUCCCUGCACUGCCUGGCGUACCGGUACAUGAAACCGCUUGACGAGAACGACAGUUUGCAUCAGCUUUCUUUCGUUAAGGUCCUCAUCAGGCUUCUCAUUUUAAACGGGGCCAGGCCUUUGAGUGAGAACUGCAACGGCGCCGCCCCUCUGCUCUCGAUGGUUUCGAUAUUAAGUCUCGCCCCUCACGUCGUCUUGGCCUUCCUCGAAGAGGUGCACCACGCCAGCCGAGACAGAAAACUGACGGUGCUUGCAGAUUUCGCUCGAAUGGCGUCUCGUGUUUGGACGGCUAAAUUGCCAGAGCUGUUCCACUCGUUCAGGGGCAGCGUCUUUGAAUCCCUUCGGCAAGUGAACACGUUGUCGCUCAGCUACGCCCCAGAGGACUCGAAGGUUGUACGGGAAUUUUUGCAGGAAUACGGAGACUAUUGGACGGUCAAGCAUGGGGACACCUGCCCUUGUUGUGGAGGGGAAGAGCAAACGCCGCCUCGAUUGUUCAUUCAUGCGCUAUCCCCAGGGCAGCCGUAUCAUUUCGAGGGGCUGUACAAGUUGGUCGGUGGCAUGCUGGCCAAUGGUGAACCCGUCUGGAAGCAUGAGAAAACAGAUUUGUACCUCUUCUGCUCGACGAACGGCUAUUGGUUGGUAGGUGGCAAGGCAUGUAAGGAUAAGCGUUUCCAGAUAGUGGAGGACGAUGAGCAAGCAUCCGUUACUCACGCCAAUUUCUGCGAAGGCUACCCGCAUCAGAUAUGUGGGCCCUGGAUGAGGAGAUACGACCCAGUUGACGAAUGUCCUGGACCGAUGGAAGUGGACUCCACCAUCUUCGUUACGACGGUCCCUCGCGAACUGACCUUCCUGGAGUCGCUGCGGCACACGACGCUCGAGGGCGUUGUCGUCGUGCACGGGUGCCGGGUGACCUGGACCGUCCCGCGGCACCGGCUGCAGGCGUUCCGGCAGAGCCCGUUCACGUUCAGCCGAAUGUUCAGUCUCGGAGGAUACCCUGGCAUGAUGCUUCUCUUCCUGCCCAAAGGGUCGAAGAAGAAGGGGAAGAUGUGCGGGCUGAAGGUGUUCGUGCCAGUGGACGGCGAGUUCACGUUCAAGCUCACCGUCGGAGCUGUUUCGAAGGAAGUUACACAAGGCUUCCGCGAGGACGACGCGGAUGACCUGGACGAAGAUUACAUGCUCCCUGAGAAUGCGGAAAAGAAUCUGGCCGGAUUUGCAGAGUUCUGCGAGUUGGAGCCGCAAUGCCAGGGAGAGGAGCUGGUGAUCUCCGCUGAGCUGCUGGACGCGCCAGAGCCGCCCGAGAGUUCUGGGGAGGAGGCCGAGGACGAGGACGGGUCCGACGGGUCCGAAGCCCCCGACCGCGCGGACGACCAGCCCGCGAAGCGCGCCCGGGCCAGCGCGGAGGAGCCUCCCGCUGCUGCCCAGCCUGCAGAGGCCCAGCCUGCAGAGGCUGCAGGUCGAGCAGCUGCUGCUGCGGUGCGCUGCCCAGCUGGGCACGUCAUGAAGCCGCACGACAACCUCGAUGACUUUGUCUGCGACGUCUGCGCCGCCGAUCCGCCACGCGGUACCAUCCUCUACGGCUGCGCCGCGUGCGAGUUCGACAUCUGCGAUGCGUGCCAGAAGGCCCGCGCGUCACAGCCUUGUCUUCCGAUCUGGAGGAGGAACCCCGUGUCUCGCAUCACCUCGCUUCCCGGGCCACGGUAGGGUGCACGAGCUCGCUGAUUCGCGCGGCGUUCUUGGUUUGCUUGCCGGCCUUUCGGAACAAGCUAAUUCGGACAGUCGCAGGUCAUCGCGCUGCCCCCAAACAAAACACACAUUGUGGAGGCCCCGUUCCCCACAUGCUACUGCCGUCUUGUUUAUAGUUGUGCACUAUGUUUGGGUGCCCGC